AUGGCCGCCCCGGUCCGGCAGCAGGUCGGAGGGCGGGCCAUCGUGGUGUUCGUGCGGCAUUUUUUAUGCUACGCCUGUAAAGAGUAUGUAGAAGAUCUGGCAAAAAUCCCCAAGGAUUUUUUACAAGAUGCAAAUGUGAGGCUUAUAGUUAUUGGACAAUCAUCUUACCAUCACAUUAAGCCAUUUUGCAAUUUGACAAGGUAUCCUCAUGAAAUGUAUGUAGAUCCAGACCUGGCACUUUAUAAAAUACUUGGCAUGAAAAGAGGGGAAGCAGCCACCACAUCAGCACAAAGCCCUCAUGUGAAAUCCAACUUGCUGUCAGGAAGUAUUAGGAGUAUAUGGAGGGCAAUGACUAGCCCCGCUUUUGAUUUUCAAGGAGAUCCGGCUCAGCAGGGUGGGACUUUGAUUUUAGGCCCAGGUAGCGAAGUCAAUUUUUUGCACCUUGACAAAAAUAGGUUGGAUCAUGCUCCCAUUAACACAGUUCUGCAGCUCGCAGGAGUUAAAACAGUAAAUUUCACAAACAAGCCUCAGGUUAUUGAUGUAUGACUCAAUAGAGAAAACAGAUUACAAAAGAAACUUGAUUAAAGAAGACAAAUAACGCUCCAGAGAACUGCCCUGGAUGUCAGUUGUGCUAUGUCCUUAUAGACCGUCUGAUACCACAGGAUUUCAGAGCAUCAAGUAAAUUACCUUGUAGUGAAGAUGAAGAGGAAUCCACUCUGCUGUCAUAUCCAAGAAAGCAAUAAUUAAGACUUACUUGUCCUACCACAAAAAACUUGCUUAUUACUGCUUCACAAAAAUUCUUCCUAGUGCAAUUUAAAAUCUUUGUUCAAAACCAAAGGUACUAACCAAUACGAAAAUAAUACUCUAAAGGCUUGCUAUGUUCAGGAGAAGCUUGAGAUUUUUGCCUUUCAGCUUUCCAUUUAGAGCUUUUCGUUGGUGACAAAAAUUCCAGUACUCUCAAUUUCAUACAUUAAAAUUAUUCUUGUCUGUGUUACAAUUAAUAUUUUAGUAUUUGGGGAAACCAUAUUCAGGAUCUAAUUUACUUGUCACUUUUUCUGCUUUCUGUUUACUUUUGGUGUUAUCACCAUUACAAUGAAACAGAGAUUAGUUUCACUUUUG